GCACGCACGGGGCGCAGCCAUGGCGCCGAGGCGUCCGGCCGAGCUGUACCGGGCGCCGUUCCCGCUGUACACCGUGCGGCUGCACCCGCGGCGGCCCCUCGCCAUCACCGCGGGCGGCGGCGGCGCCGCCAAGACCGGCAUCCGCAACGGCGUGCACUUCCUGCAGCUGGAGCAGGUCGGGGGGCAGCUGAGCGCCUCGCUGCUCCACUCCCACGACACGGAGACCCGCGCCACCAUGACCAUGGCGCUGGCCGGGGACAUCAUCGCCGCGGGGCAGGACGCCAGCUGCCACAUCCUCCGCUUCACCCUGCGGCCCCCCGCCACCGCCACGCGUGACGGCGGUGCGGAGAAGGGGCUGCGGAAGCGGAGGGGCCCCAGCGCGGCGGGGCAGGGGGCCGGGGGGAGCCAGGCGAGCGAGGUGACGGUGGAGAGCCUGCGCAGCGUCCGCACCGAUUUCAGCCCCGACGCCCUGCAGAAGGCCGUCCGCUUCAACGACGACGGCUCGCUGCUCGUCACCGGCGGCGCCGACGGCUUCCUCCGCCUCUGGGAGUUCCCCAGCAUGAAGAAGACGCUGGAGUUCAAAGCCCAUGACGGGGAGAUUGAAGACAUUGCGCUGGGCCCUGACAACAAGGUGGUGACGGCGGGACGGGACUUCCAGUGCUGCGUGUGGCAGCGGGACCAACUGGUGACGGGGUUGCACUGGAACGAGAACCUGCCCGGCAUCCCCGACAAGGCUUACCGCUACCAGGCCUGCCGGUUCGGGGCCGUGGAGGACAGCGCCGGGGCGCUGCGGCUCUACACGGUGCAGGUGCCCCACAAGCGGGAGCGCCGGCCCCCCCCCUGCUACCUGACCAAGUGGGACGGGAAAACCUUCCUGCCGCUGCUGACCCGGCCCUGCGGCAGCGAGGUGGUCUCCUGCCUCUCCAUCAGUGAUUCAGGCACUUUCCUGGGGCUGGGCACAGUGACGGGCUCCGUCGCCAUCCACAUCGCCUUCUCGCUGCAGAGGCUGUACUACGUGAAGGAGGCGCACGGCAUCGUGGUGACGGACGUGGCCUUCCUCCCCGAGAGCCGGCGCGGGCGCGAGCUGCUGGCGGGGAACGAGGCCGCCCUGCUCAGCGUCGCCGUCGACAGCCGCUGCAAGCUGCACCUCCUCCCCACCCGCCGCUCCCUCCCCGUCUGGCUGCUGCUGCUGCUCUGCGCCGGGCUCAUCGUGGCUGCCAUCCUGCUGCUGCAGCUCACCUUCCCGGGGUUCCUCUGAGACCCCCCACCCCGCUCAGCGCCAGGAUAGAUCCCCCCCCCCCCCCUGCACUCCCGCCCCCCCAAGCAGACUGUGAAGCAGAUGAGGGACCAGCCCCGGACCCGCUGGCAUUUGGGGAGCGGGCAAGGGGCUCGGGGGCCGCGCGGGACCCCAGCCCAGCAGGACUGUGCUGGUAUUGGCAUGGAGCUGGCCCCGGGUGGGGGGGGAGUGUGUUUUGGGGAGGGGGUUUUGGGGGGGGUUCGCACCAGCCUUUCGCCCUACUGCUGCCAUUAAAACUGGGGUGCGAAGGCA